AUGGACAAUUUGAUGAUGAUGUGCAUGGCAGCGGUCAUGGUGGUGAUCAUUCUGAUAUUUUGUAAAAGUUGGAAGAAGAAGAUGAUGAGGGGAAGAAGAAGAAACCAACUCCCUCGAGGGAGCCUCGGUUGGCCUCUUAUUGGAGAGACACUGGAAUUCAUGUCAUGCGCAUACUCACCUUGUCCUGAGAGGUUCAUGGACAAGCGGCGGACCAUGUAUGGGAAAGUAUUCAAGUCACACAUCUUUGGUAGUCCUACCAUUGUGUCAACAGAGGCUGAGGUCAAUAGGUUUAUUCUGCAGAGCGAUGCAAGUAUAUUUGUGCCAUCCUAUCCAAAAUCCCUUACUGAAUUGAUGGGAAAGUCCUCCAUUCUGUCGAUCAAUGGUAGCCUGCAAAGGAGAGUUCAUGGGCUUAUCGGUGCCUUCCUCAAAUCCCCAAGCCUUAAGGCUCAAAUCACCCUCGACAUGCAAAACUACUUGAAGGCAUCAAUGGCUUGCUGGAAGGAUGAUCAGCUCAUCUACAUCCAAGAUGAAACGAAACAGAUGGUGUUCGAUGUACUGGUGAAAGAGUUGAUAGGUCUUCAGCCAGGGGAUGAGAUGCAGUUUCUAAAGCAACAGUUCCAGGAAUUUAUUGCUGGUCUGAUUUCCUUACCUGUGAAGUUACCUGGGACCAGACUCUACAGAUCACUGCAGGCAAGUCCUUUCUGUAUAAAAACUAAGCCACUCUUCCUGGCCAAGAAGAGAAUGGUAAUGCUUGUCCAAAAUAUCAUCCAAGAAAAGAGAAGGAACAAAGGUUGCAACCCGAGAAAUGUCAUCGAUGUGUUGCUCAAUGAUGCUACCAAUCAACUAACCAAUGAUCUCAUAUCAGACAAUAUUAUUGAUCUGAUGAUCCCAGGCGAGGACUCUGUGCCCAUGCUCAUGACGCUUGCAAUAAAAUACCUCAGCGACUGCCCUCUUGCUCUCCAACAGUUGGAGGAAGAAAACAUGCAACUAAAGAGACGAAAAUCUCUACUCGGGGAAGAUUUGUGCUGGACUGACUACAUGUCCUUAGCCUUCACGCAAAACGUUAUAAUGGAGACAUUGCGAAUGGGAAACAUCAUCUUGGGCGUCAUGCGCAAGGCCAUGAAAGAUGUGGUGAUAAAUGGAUACUUCAUACCAAAGGGAUGGUGCGUCUUUGCCUACUUUAGAUCGGUUCACUUAGACAGGAACCACUAUGAUGACCCUUAUAGCUUCAACCCAUGGAGGUGGAAGGAUAAGGACAUAGCAGCUUGUAGCUUUACUCCCUUUGGAGGUGGACAGAGGCUUUGCCCCGGGCUUGAUCUGGCCAGGCUUAAAGCUUCCAUCUUCCUCCACCACAUGGUUACCGGUUUCACAUGGGUCGCUGAGGAGGACCACGUAGUCAACUUUCCUACAGUAAGGAUGAAGAACAAGAUGCCCAUUAAAGUAGCAAGGAAGAAAUCCUCCACCGGCCAAGGUGAGAGAUCCGGUUGUAACACUAUGUGAGAGAGGAAGACAAGGAUCCAUAUCCAACACUAAAAAGUCAAAGGUUGUAAGUUUCUACGCACAUAAAGGUCACCAUCCCGAGAAGAUGAGCAAGAAAAUAUGGGUACUGUGGGAGUCACAACCUAUACAAAUCAAAUCCCGCGUGUGAAACACUUAAACCUAUAGAUGCAUCCACAGCCUUAACCAACAAAGUAAUUGAGUAGUAGUCAAAUGAUCCUGAUCUUUGACCAAGAAAUUAAGGAAGCCAGCAGCUUUUAGACUUCAUGUCCUCAAAGGGUUGGGGCUCUAGGAGGAUGCAGACCCUAGAGGACAAAGUCUGAUAGGCCAACCCUAGCUAGGGAACUGCAUUCACUUCAUGGCAGAUAGAAGUGACAUGAAUGUCUAUGGAAAUAACUAAGCUUCCUUUUUCCACCUUUCUUUUUCUAUUCUAUACAUAUGUCAUCAGUACUGUAAUCUGAGUGUAAUCAGUGUGAUCACUAAAAUGUGACUUUCUAGAUGUAACAGCUGAAAUGCAAGGAGAAGAAAAUCCUCAGCAUUUUAUCUAUUGCCUUACAAGUUACGAGCAG